GGCCGGGCCGGCGGGCUGCUGGCGCCUCCCCGCCUCCCCUCGUCUCCCCCUCCCCGCCGUCCCCUCAGUAACUUGGCCGCCUUUUAUCGGGCGAGCGGCGAGGCGAAGAGUUUAUUGGUGCCGGAGCCGCGGCGCGGCCGGGGCGGGGAGCGAGCGCGGCGGAGGGCGGGGGGGCCCGGCUCGGGCCCGUCCGGGACGAUGCUGCGGCUGGUGUCGCUGAAGUUGGGGCGGUUGUACCGCUACGUGAAGCUGGCGGUGCUGGGCAGCCUGGCGGCGGCGCUGGUGCUGAACACGCACUCGCUGCUGGCCUCGCUGCAGCGCAACGAGCUGUCGGAGCGGCGCUUCCUGCAGCUCAAUAAGUGCCCGGCCUGCUGGGGCACCAGCUGGUGCCGCAAGUUCCUGAACGGGCAGCUGCGGCUGGAGAGCUGGGGCCGCCUGCGCCUCUUCGACUUCUUCAACGUCAAGAACGUCUACUUCGCGCGCUACGGCGAGCCCCGCGAGGGCAGCCGCCGCGUCGUGCUCAAGCGCCUGGGCUCCGCGCAGGAGCUCGCCGACAUCGACACCAAGAUCUGUCGCCGCGCCACCGGCAGGGGCCGCUGCGACCUCCUGCAGGCCCUGCACGCCACCGAGUUCGCCAGCCUCAACGGCGACGUGCGCCUCCUCACCCCGGACGCCGUGGAGGGCUGGUCGGACCUGGUGCACUGCCCCUCGCAGCGCCUGCUCGACCGCCUGGUCCGCCGCUACGCCGAGACCAAGGACUCGGGCAGCUUCCUGCUGCGCAACCUGAAGGACUCGGAGCGCAUGCAGCUGCUCAUCACCCUCGCCUUCAACCCCGAGCCGCUGGUGCUGCAGAGUUUUCCGUCUGAUGAGGGUUGGCCGUUCGCAAAGUACUUAGGAGCAUGCGGAAGAAUGGUGGCUGUCAAUUAUGUUGGAGAAGAGCUGUGGAGUUACUUUAAUGCACCAUGGGAAAAACGAGUGGAUCUGGCCUGGCAAUUAAUGGAAAUAGCUGAACAGCUGACAAAUAAUGACUUUGAAUUUGCCCUCUACCUCCUUGAUGUCAGCUUUGACAACUUUGCAGUUGGACCGAGAGAUGGGAAAGUUAUCAUUGUAGAUGCAGAAAACGUUCUGGUAGCAGACAAAAGGUUCAUCAGACAGAAUAAACCUGAAAACUGGGAUGUGUGGUAUGAAAGCAAAUUCGAUGACUGUGACAAAGAAGCUUGUCUGUCCUUCUCGAAAGAGAUUCUUUGUGCUCGUGUCACUGUGGACCACAAUUACUAUGCUAUUUGUCAGAACCUUUUAUCAAGACAUGCCACAUGGCGUGGCACUUCUGGAGGACUACUUCACGACCCCCCAGCUGAAAUUGCCAAAGACGGCCGACUUGAGGCCUUGCUGGAUGAGUGUGCCAACCCAAAGAAGCGAUACGGUAGAUUCCAAGCCGCAAAAGAACUGCGUGAAUACCUUGCACAAUUGAGUAACAAUGUGAGGUAGUCCACAGUGAAAAUUAUUUGCAACACUGGCUAAAACACUAUUGCAGAGACACAUAGAAAAUGAAGUUUUAAACUUGUGCAUUAAAAAGAGAAAAUAAAAUAAAAAAAAGAAACUAGUUUAUCAGUUUUAUAAAUACCAUAAAAAUAUAAUUUUAUGGUGUUAUAAUGUUCCUUUGCAAACAGACAAGGUACUUACUGAAUCAAAACUUGAGCUACUAUUGACUCUCCUCCCUAACUGUUUAAAAGGGAGCAGGUCAAAAAAGACUGUGAGAGCUUCAUUGACAGCUUGUGUGUCAAAGGGUACUUUACAUAAAACUGCAUUUGUGUCACAGUUUUGUGAAGCUGAUGUUCUUACUUGGAAAGUCAAGUUAGACUGAUGGCCUGUUUUAAAGGCCUUUUUCCUGACAUCAUUGUCUCAUUUUUGUGUUUGUUUAAACACCUUGAAGUGGCAUUUACAUCCAGGUAAAUCUAGCUGUCUGCAUUGCUUCAAAUUUAACAGGCUUUCAUGUUAAUGCUGUGCAGUACAUUCCUACUGUGAGUGCAGGAUUCCCACAUUUACUGUCUAAUCUUAGGGGGUUUCACACUGUUUUACUAUGCUUAGACAUUGUGUGUUUUUUUUUAAGAUCAUCGUAAACUCAAAUGUCAUUUGAACUAACAUUCAUUUGAUGUAUUUUGUAGUUCUACCAUUGGAAAUAUCACUUAAUGUAAUUACUGUACAAAACUUCUACCCUUCAUCCCAGUAUAUACACAUGACUGUUUAGCGGGAAAUCAUGGUAUGAGCAAACUCUUAUUUUUAACAGAGAUAACUUUAGAGUUGGAGAGAGACUACAAUAAAAAGAUCUGUAUGAAUUUAAAUUGGGGAUAGAAUUUUGACUAAAAUAAAAAAAAAAAACAAAAACAAACACUAGUCCAGUGUAGUUGAGCAUAAACCAAAGAAAAUGGUUUUGUUUAUUAGCUUCUAAACAAAUAGUAAAGAAAAAAUCCUAUACUGUAGUGAAGCUGAUAAUUCCCAAAAUUUCAGUAGUCCUUGGUUACUCUCAAGAACUUCUAAAACUACGUGCUUAUGCUAGAAAAAAACACUAAUUUGAAUAAUAGUGUCUAGAAAGUUAGCAGUUUGUUUUACGUCAGUACCAAUUCUAUGGAAUUCAAGUAUAAUGGAGUUUACUGAAUAUUCAUCUUUUGGUUUACCAGCUAAAUUGAUUAAGGUGUAUUCACUCCAGUCGUCUUUACAUGAACCAAGUUUGACUAUUCCCAGUGCAGUUAAAAUUGACUUGUUGAGGUUUGUGUAAAUCUGGAGUUGUUCUUGUAAACUACAGUUUUUAUAAAAGCCUCAGUUACUGCUAUAAAAACUCACUUCAAAGCUUUCAAAGCUUGCUUCUUCCCCCCCGCCCCAACUACUCUAAUGCGUCACUUUCCUGAUGUCUCAUUCAUAAAAAGAUACAUUUAGGAAAUGUAUGCAUGUUCUUGUAACAGUAAUGAAGGAAACUAAUAUUUCCUAAAUGUGUGUUUGAUACACUAUUUCCUGCAAGCUAAAAAGAUUUCUGACCAAGGCAGUAAGUGCUGCCUUCAAGAGCAGAGUUUGUAUGGCUCAUACUGCAUCAAAAGACUGAUGGGAACUGCUGCUUUACCAAAUUGCUGCAAGUGCAAGGUGAGGGAGAUGGCAAACUCACUGACUGGACCUUCUUUCUCAAAGCUCAAAAAGUGGAGCCAUAUACAGAUGCAGAGUGCUUUUUGAUUUCUUACACAGCUCUAUUAGGAAUACUUUAGAAUACAAAAUUCUGACUUUAAGUCCUCUUUUCCUAUAUAGUCUUAAUUUGCUCUCAAUCCCUUGUCUCCUUUUCUGAUGGUAGAAUGCCCAAUGCAGCUUUCAGUUUUCAUUUCUCUCCUCCCGUCAUUUGAAAACCAUUUUACAUGCUUUCUCUGGCACAAGCUGUCAGAAAAGAUUUGUGUUAUUUUUCAUCAUAAAAUCCAGCUAUUUGAACAAAAUAGACUAACUCUCGGACUAGUUAAUACUACCCUACCAUAAAAGCCUUGACUUAUCACUAAAGUUGACUUUUAAACAUCUACCAUAUUUCCCAAUGAGUGAGUGGAGUGUGAUUGUCGAAGUUGUAGAAGAAACAAACACUGCCAGUUCUGGUUACAAGCCGAGGCAGUUCUGUAACUGUCAGGAUGUCCUAUCAGAUUUGGUUUGGGGUUUAGUUCCCUGAGAAAUAAGUUACUAAAGCUGAUUAGAAAAGGAAUUUGGAACUUUAAAAACAAAACAAACUACUACAGGGAAAAACACUGUGGAGAGCAAUAAAUCUUGUUCCGUUUGCACCUAUCAGAUAUUUAUUGUACAAUAACAAUUUAUAUUUUUAAUCAUUGCCCAUUAUUAUUGAUGAACAUGGUGAAAUAUUUUUGAAUGAGAUGUUUGGGGUUUGUAUGUGCAUUACAAUUGUCCUUUUGUACUGUAAGUUACUGUUUGAUUGGAAUAUUUUAUCAAAACUGUCUCCCUGUGCCUUUAUAUUACAAGAAAGUUGUUUCUGCAACUUUUAAUGAUAUUAAUAAAGAAUACUUUAAGAACCUCA